CUCCAUAAUUUCCUUCCUCACUUUCCCAACGUCCAUGCCCGCCAGCGACACAUCCCAGAAUCUACUCAUGACUGCACUUUUGCCCUUUUAGAGAGAGAAAACAAACAAACCAAAACUCUCUUUCUUCUCUUCUCAGUUCUCCCAAACAGAGGAGAGAGAGAAGAAGAAGAAAGCAAAGCAGCACGCAAAACGACGCCGUUUCAGCACCGACGAUGAAACUCACCGGAAACUGUGCCGCCGGGGAAUGUACUGAUAGCAAUGUUGGGGGAGGAGGGGCGGUGGUGGUGGUGGGAGUGAAAAUGGAUUCUCGGAGCAAAGAGCUUCUGACUUGGGCGUUGGUUAAGGUAGCCCAGACCGGAGAUCGCAUCAUUGCUCUCCACGUUCUCGAUCCCGACACAGAUAAAUCGGAGAUGCUAAGACUGGUGAAAACCUUUGAUUCUGUGUUGGCUGCUUAUGAAGGCUUCUGUAACUUAAAGCAGGUUGAUCUGAAGCUCCGGGUGUGCAGAGGGGCUCCGGCCCGGAAAAUUCUUGCCCGGGAGGCAAAGACUUACAGAGCUACGGAUCUGAUUGUGGGCACUUCCGGCAGCUGCCGCGCGGUCCGGUCACCGGUGUCAGUUGCAAAGUACUGUGCCAGGAAUGUUGACAAGAGCAUCUCAGUUCUUGCUGUUAAUAAUGGGAAGGUGGCUUUCCAAAGUGAACCCAAUAAUGGUUCAAUUGGGCAUGAAUUGUGCCCUCAGAACAUGGCGGAAUCGAGGUUUAAGAGGAGGAAGAUGUUCACUAAAAGCCCUUUGGGUGCUGAGUGUAAUUCCAUGGCUUUGGUUCCUGUGAGGGUUGUGAAUGUGCCUGAAACAAAGUCAGGGUGGACAUUGCUUAGAAGGGUUUUUCUUCAAACCCAGAAAGAGUCUGGGAAUUCGCCUGCGAAAAAGUUGUCUGUAGUUCAAUGGGUUCUGAAGCUACGAGGGCGACAAUCAUUCCCGGCUGUCUACCCUGAUCAGAAGCAAAUUAUAUCGGGAGAUGGCGAGUGCCAUUCCGAUGAAAAGAAUGGCACAAUUGUACCCGCCCCGAGUCAUGCCUCUCUAAUCGCUAAGGAAUUAGAGGGUGUUUGUGAAAAGUAUUCGUCGGUUUGCAGAUUGUUUAGCUACCAAGAACUUUCGUCUGCAACGUCUAAUUUCGUGUCUGAGAAUUUGAUUGGCAAAGGCGGCAGCAGUAAGGUUUACAAAGGAUGCCUUCCCGAUGGGAAGGAACUGGCAGUGAAAAUUUUGAAGCCCUCGGAAGAUUUGGAGAAGCAAUUCUGCUCCGAAAUAGAGACUCUUACAGCUUUGCAUCACGAAAACAUUAUUUCGCUUUUUGGGUUCUGCCUUGAAGAGAACAAUCUUUUGUUGGUUUACGAUCUGUUAUCCAGAGGAAGCCUUGAAGAUAACCUCCAUGGUACUCGAAACGUUGGGGAUUCGUUUGGUUGGCAGGAUAGAUACAAGGUUGCCUUGGGCGUUGCAAAGGCGUUGGACCAUUUGCACAAUUCGACUAAUGGACCCGUGAUUCAUAGGGAUGUAAAAUCGUCGAAUAUUCUCCUUUCAAAUGAUUUUGAGCCAAAGCUGUCCGAUUUUGGACUUGCAACGUCUGCUUCAAGUUCUUCGUUCCACUUAGAUGGUGUUGAUGUUGCUGGAACAUUUGGAUAUUUAGCUCCGGAAUAUUUUGUGCAUGGAAAAAUAAACGAGAAAAUUGAUGUAUACGCAUUAGGUGUUGUCUUGCUUGAGCUUUUAUCGGGUAAAAAGCCGAUUGAUAACACAAACGCCAAGGGCCAAGAAAGCUUGGUGCUGUGGGCAAAACAAAUUCUGAAGAAUGGAAAAGCUACAGAGUUGCUAGAUGCGAGCUUGCUUAAUGCAUAUGACCACGACGAGUUUGACAGAAUGGUUUUGGCUGCAACACUUUGCAUCAGAAGAGAACCUAUUUUUCGUCCUAAAAUUGACAUUGUUGUAAAACUUCUCCAAGGUGAGCCCGAAACAAUUCAAUGGGCGAGGCAACAACUCGAUAGUGGCGAUGAAGUAGAUGAUGUUGGCGGUGAACAGCCUGCAGCAGCGAGCAUCCAAUCUUUUAUUAAUCUCGCAUUGUUAAAUUUGGAGGAUGAUUCCCUUUCGGUCAGCUCCGACCAAAACAUAUCUGUAGAUGAUUAUUUGCGGGGCAGAUGGAGCCGAUCUUCAAGCUUUGAUUAGAGACAUUCUUAACUUAAACGCAGAUUUUCGUUGUAAAUACCCAUUUGGUUUCUCCGUUUUGGCUGCCUUGUCGCUCGCCCUGGUCUUGGAUGAGAGGUAAGCAAGCUAAUGACCUCCUCCUUGCCAGUUCCAAUCUGAAGUCCUCGGGUUUUCGAGUUUUGGUACACUUUGUACUGUUUCAUUUGGAUCCCGGGGGAUUUCGUCAAGUGUAAAGCAUGUUUCGAUGCCCAUGUGAUUGUCAAAUAGUUUAAUUCAAGAACUACCCAGAAUCUUGUUCUUUUCUUCUUGUCCCAGUCAGAUUCUUGGCUUGUCCAAAAGACUCCCUUGUAGAAUCUUGGCUUUUAUGGUGAUUUCUUGAAGAGA